UCCGGGAGUGUGAUGCUAUAUACUGUGUGGUAACGGUAGACUGGGCAGUCCCUUCGUCUGCAGCCAGGCACGUGUUACCUUCAAUAUGGGGAGAACAGUAGUGUUUGGAAUCACUUUCUUCAUUUUGCUGAUUGUCGUAUGCCGAGCCCGAUACGGCAGCUUCAAGUACGUCUGCAUCAGCGACAGAAGUUGUAACGGCAACGGUACUUGUCCCAAUCCAUGUCGAUCUGCGUGCGAGUGUCUCAAUGGAUACAGCGGCCAUGACUGCUCCAAACCCCCUUUCUGCACCGUUGGGGGAAACGAUUGUGGGGCAAACGGGAAUUGCACACGUAAAGAUUCUGGUCGUGGGAAUUCAUGUGUCUGCAAAAACGAUUAUACUGGAGAAAGAUGCAACGAUGCCCCUUUCUGCACUGUUGGGGGAAGUGGCUGUGGUGCCAACGGACAAUGCAUUGGAGGUCGUUCCUGUAACUGCAGAAACGGUUUUACAGGCGUGAGAUGCACCACUGCCCCUUUCUGCACUGUUGGGGGAAGCGGCUGUGGCGCCAACGGAAACUGCACAGAAACUUAUUCUUGUGUCUGCAGAAACGGCUUUACUGGCGACCGGUGCAACAUUGCUCCGAUCUGCACGGCUGGAGGAAGUGAGUGUGGUGUCAAUGGAGUCUGUGACACAUCGACAUAUUCCUGUUCCUGCAAGAACGGAUACACUGGUCAAAAGUGCACCACACCCCCUUUCUGCACUGUUGGGGGAAGUGGCUGUGGUGCCAACGGACAAUGCAUUGGAGGUCGUUCCUGUAACUGCAGAAACGGUUUUACAGGCGUGAGAUGCACCACUGCCCCUUUCUGCACUGUUGGGGGAAGUGGCUGUGGUGCCAACGGACAAUGCAUUGGAGGUCGUUCCUGUAACUGCAGAAACGGUUUUACAGGCGUGAGAUGCACCACUGCCCCUUUCUGCACUGUUGGGGGAAGCGGCUGUGGCGCCAACGGAAACUGCACAGAAACUUAUUCUUGUGUCUGCAGGAACGGCUUUACUGGCGACCGGUGCAACAUUGCUCCGAUCUGCACGGCUGGAGGAAGUGAGUGUGGUGUCAAUGGAGUCUGUGACACAUGGACAUAUUCCUGUUCCUGCAAGAACGGAUACACUGGUCCAAAGUGCACAACACCCCCUUUCUGCACUGUUGGGGGAAGUGGCUGUGGUGCCAACGGACAAUGCAUUGGAGGUCGUUCCUGUAACUGCAGAAACGGUUUUACAGGCGUGAGAUGCACCACUGCCCCUUUCUGCACUGUUGGGGGAAGUGGCUGUGGUGCCAACGGACAAUGCAUUGGAGGUCGUUCCUGUAACUGCAGAAACGGUUUUACAGGCGUGAGAUGCACCACUGCCCCUUUCUGCACUGUUGGGGGAAGCGGCUGUGGCGCCAACGGAAACUGCACAGAAACUUAUUCUUGUGUCUGCAGGAACGGCUUUACUGGCGACCGGUGCAACAUUGCUCCGAUCUGCACGGCUGGAGGAAGUGAGUGUGGUGUCAAUGGAGACUGUGACACAUCGACAUAUGACUGUGACUGCAAGAACGGAUACACUGGUCAAAAGUGCACCACACCCCCUUUCUGCACUAUUAGGGGAAGCGGCUGUGGCACCAACGGAAACUGCACAGAAAGUUAUUCUUGUAACUGCAGAAACGGUUUUACAGGCGUGAGAUGCACCACUGCCCCUUUCUGCACUGUUGGGGGAAGCGGCUGUGGCGCCAACGGAAACUGCACAGAAACUUAUUCUUGUGUCUGCAGGAACGGCUUUACUGGCGACCGGUGCAACAUUGCCCCUAUCUGUACAUCCCGCGGAAGCGAGUGUGGUUUCAACGGAGAUUGUGACACAUCCAGAACACCCUAUGCCUGUCGCUGUCUCAACGGAUACACUGGCAAACUGUGUACACAAGCCCCGAUAUGCUCGGCCAAGGGAAAUGAGUGUGGCGACCAUGGAGACUGUGAUACGUCGAGAAGAGAAUACGUAUGUUCUUGUAAGAACGGAUACACUGGCCCAAGGUGUGCGUCAGCUCCCUUCUGCGUGGCUGGGGGGAACACGUGUGGAGACAAUGGUAACUGUGACACGGAUUCCAGUUAUCAAUACUGUGUCUGCAAGAACGGAUACACUGGCCCAAGGUGUACGAGAGCCCCCUUCUGCACUAUUGGAGGGACAGAUUGUGGCACCAACGGGGAAUGCGCCAGGGUACAAGGAGGAAAUUAUGUAUGCCUCUGCAUGAACGGCUACACAGGCGACAAAUGCACAAUUGCAACAAGCCGCGUGUGCACUAUUGGAGGGAGCGAAUGUGGCGUCAACGGAGUCUGCGAGGAAUGGAAAUGGGAAAAUUACUGUCUCUGCAAGAAUGGAUACACUGGGAAAACGUGUAACAUAGCCCCAGUUUGUGCGGCAUCAGGGGAUCAAUGUGGUGGAAAUGGAGAGUGUAACGUCUGCACCAACUACCACUUCUGUCAAUGUUCUCCUGGCUACAACGGUGACACCUGUUCCGCGGGACAUCAUCAGGAUUCAAGUACCGCUCCUGUCAAGGUUGUUUCGAUGACAUUCCUGAUGAUCUGUCUGUUUGGACGUCUGUUUUUAUGGUAGUUUCUGUCGCAUUCCAGAUGAUCUGUGUAUUUUGAAAUCUGCUGUUAAGGUAGUUUUUAUGACAUUCCGGAUGAUCUCUGGGUUUGGAAAUCUUCUGUUUUUAUGGUAGUUUCUGUCGCAUUCCAGAUGAUCUGUGUAUUUUGAAAUCUGCUGUUAAGGUAGUUUUUAUGACAUCCCGGAUGAUCUCUGUGUUUGGAAGUCUGUUUUUAUGUUAGUUUCUGUCGCAUUCCAGAUGAUCUGUGUAUUUUGAAAUCUGCUGUUAAGGUAGUUUUUAUGACAUUCCUGAUGAUCUCUGUCUUUGGAAGUCUGUUGUAUAUAGGUAGUUUCUAUCGCAUUCCAGAUGGUCUGUGUAUUUUGAAAUCUGCUGUUUAGGUAGUUUUUAUGACAUUCCUGAUGAUCUCUGAGUUUGGAAGUCUGUUUUUAUGUUAGUUUCUAUCGCAUUCCAGAUGAUCUGUGUAUUUUGAAAUCUGCUGUUAACGUAGUUUUUAUGACAUUCCUGAUGAUCUCUAUGUUUGGAAGUCUGUUUUUAUGGUAGUUUCUGUCGCAUUCCAGAUGAUCUGUGUAUUUUGAAAUCUGCUGUUAAGGUAGUUUUUAUGACAUUCCUGAUGAUCUCUAUGUUUGGAAGUCUAUUUUUAUGGUAGUUUCUGUCGCAUUCCAGAUGGUCUGUGUAUUUUGAAAUCUGCUGUUAAGGUAGUUUUUAUGACAUUCCGGAUGAUCUCUGUGUUUGGGAGUCUGUUGUAUAUAGGUAGUUUCUAUCGCAUUCCAGAUGAUCUGUGUAUUUUGAAAUCUGCUGUUAAGGUAGUUUUUAUGACAUUCCGGAUGAUCUCUGUGUUUGGGAGUCUGUUUUUAUGGUAGUUUCUGUCGCAUUCCAGAUGAUCUGUGUAUUUUGAAAUCUGCUAUUAAGGUAGUUUUAUGACAUUCCUGAUGAUCUCUGUGUUUUGGAGUCUGUUUUUAUGGUAGUUUCUGUCGCAUUCCAGAUGAUCUGUGUAUUUUGAAAUCUGCUGUUAAGGUAGUUUUUAUGACAUGCCUGAUGAUCUCUAUGUUUGGAAGUCUGUUGUAUAAAGGUAGUUUCUAUCGCAUUCCAGAUGAUCUGUGUAUUUUGCAAUCUGCUGUUAAGGUAGUUUUUAUGACAUCCCGGAUGAUCUCUGUCUUUGGAAGUCUGUUUUUAUGUUAGUUUCUGUCGCAUUCCAGAUGAUCUGUGUAUUUUGAAAUCUGCUGUUAAGGUAGUUUUUAUGACAUGCCUGAUGAUCUCUAUGUUUGGAAGUCUGUUGUAUAAAGGUAGUUUCUAUCGCAUUCCAGAUGAUCUGUGUAUUUUGCAAUCUGCUGUUAAGGUAGUUUUUAUGACAUCCCGGAUGAUCUCUGUCUUUGGAAGUCUGUUGUAUAUAGGUAGUUUCUAUCGCAUUCCAGAUGAUCUGUGUAUUUUGAAAUCUGCUGUUAAGGUAGUUUUUAUGACAUUCCGGAUGAUCUCUGUGUUUGGGAGUCUGUUUUUAUGGUAGUUUCUGUCGCAUUCCAGAUGAUCUGUGUAUUUUGAAAUCUGCUAUUAAGGUAGUUUUAUGACAUUCCUGAUGAUCUCUGUGUUUGGAAGUCUGUUUUUAUGGUAGUUUCUAUCGCAUUCCAGAUGAUCUGUGUAUUUUGAAAUCUGCUGUUAAGGUAGUUUUUAUGACAUCCCGGAUGAUCUCUGUCUUUGGAAGUCUGUUUUUAUGUUAGUUUCUGUCGCAUUCCAGAUGAUCUGUGUAUUUUGAAAUCUGCUGUUAAGGUAGUUUUUAUGACAUGCCUGAUGAUCUCUAUGUUUGGAAGUCUGUUGUAUAAAGGUAGUUUCUAUCGCAUUCCAGAUGAUCUGUGUAUUUUGCAAUCUGCUGUUAAGGUAGUUUUUAUGACAUCCCGGAUGAUCUCUGUCUUUGGAAGUCUGUUUUUAUGGUAGUUUCUGUCGCAUUCCAGAUGAUCUGUGUAUUUUGAAAUCUGCUGUUAAGGUAGUUUUUAUGACAUUCCUGAUGAUCUCUAUGUUUGGAAGUCUGUUUUUAUGGUAGUUUCUGUCGCAUUCCAGAUGAUCUGUGUAUUUUGAAAUCUGCUGUUCACGUAGUUUUUAUGACAUUCCUGAUGAUCUCUGUCUUUGGAAGUCUGUUUUUAUGGUAGUUUCUGUCGCAUUCCAGAUGAUCUGUGUAUUUUGAAAUCUGCUGUUAACGUAGUUUUUAUGACAUUCCUGAUGAUCUCUGUGUUUGGAAGUCUGUUUUUAUGGUAGUUUCUGUCGCAUUCCAGAUGAUCUGUGUAUUUUGCAAUCUGCUAUUAAGGUAGUUUUUAUGACAUCCCGGAUGAUCUCUGUGUUUGGAAGUCUGUUUUUAUGGUAGUUUCUGUCGCAUUCCAGAUGAUCUGUGUAUUUUGAAAUCUGCUGUUAAGGUAGUUUUUAUGACAUCCCGGAUGAUCUCUGUCUUUGGAAGUCUGUUUUUAUGUUAGUUUCUAUCGCAUUCCAGAUGAUCUGUGUAUUUUGAAAUCUGCUAUUAAGGUAGUUUCUAACACAUUCCUGGUGGUCAGUGUACUUGAAAGUCUGUUGUAUAAAGGUAGUUUCUGUGACACCCCUGGUGAUCUGUUGUUAGUAAGUCUUCUGUUAAAAUGUAGUUUCUAAGACAACCCUAGUGCUCUGUGUAUUUGGAAAUCUGCUGUUUAAAAGUAGUUUCUAUGACAUCCCUAGUGCUCCGUGCAUUUGGAAAUCUGCUGUAUAAAAAUAGUUUCUCUGACAACCCUGGUGAUCUGGAGGUUUAGGUCUGCUGUUAUGAGGUAGUUUCUCUGACAACCCUGGUGAUCUGUUUAUUUGGAUAUCUGCUGUUAUGAGGUAGUUUCUAUGACAACCCUUGUGGUCUGUUUAUUUGGAUAUCUGCUGUUAUGAGGUAGUUUCUAUGACAACCCUUGUGGUCUGUUUAUUUGGAUAUCUGCUGUUAUGAGGUAGUUUCUCUGACAACCCUGGUGAUCUGUUUAUUUGGAUAUCUGCUGUUAUGAGGUAGUUUCUAUGACAACCCUUGUGGUCUGUUUAUUUGGAUAUCUGCUGUUAUGAGGUAGUUUCUAUGACAACCCUUGUGGUCUGUUUAUUUGGAUAUCUGCUGUUAUGAGGUAGUUUCUCUGACAACCCUGGUGAUCUGUUUAUUUGGAUAUCUGCUGUAAUGAGGUUGUUUCUAUGACAAACCUUGUGGUCUGUGUACUUGGAUAUAUGCUGUUAAAAAGGAAGUUUUCUUUAUAUUCCUGAUAAUGUGUGUGUUUGACACUCGGCUGUGAUAAAGGCAGUUCCCGUGACAACCCUGAUGAUAUUUGUAUUUGAAAAUCUUUUGCUAAGUAGUUUCUGUGACAUUCCUCAUGACCUAUGUAUUUGAAAGUUUUUUACUAAGGUCGAUUCGGUAACAUCCACGAAUGCUGAACAUAUCUUUCUCAAUUCUUUCUCGCCCUUUCCAUUCCACCACGGCAUGUGGAUAUGCUGACACGAGACAGUUAAUGAACUGAAAUAAAAGUGAUGUCAUAAGUAUAA